AGAGAAUCUCUCAUGUGACAGAUUAGUUUGUUGAAUCACCUUAAAGCCCGGAACAUCUCCAAAUUAGGUAAGUCCAAAAGUAGAAUAAAUCCACCUUCAUUGAUCGAUUCCAUCGAAUCAAAGAAUAAAUUGGCUUCUUUUUCAAUGAAUAUGUUGCCAAAGUACUUCAAGCCUGCGCUUUGCGUUUUUAAGUCUCGCUCGACUAAAACCUCGACUAAAUCUGUUGAUUAUCGUCGCGAGCUUGCUUGGAGUGGCAAUCACUAGCUUAUACCUGUAUCUACAAAACGUCCUCGAUAUAGCAACAGAGGAUCGCCACUGAAGUUCAAUGCAGAGUUUAUUGUUUAAAUAAGAAUUGCAAAAACAAAUUAUCCCUGAGUAAUCUUUUCAUCAAAACAGAGGCGGGGUGUGGCAUGCAAGUGCAAUGCACGUUUGAACGUGAACAAGUCUUUGCGGUUGUAAUGCACACAACUGCGCUAAACCAAUGGGGAAAGAAGGAAAACCAACUGACUGUGCGCAAUUAUUGAUUGAAAGUACAUCAUAUUCUAUACCUUACCUUGCCAACUAUAACCUGAUAAAUUUGCCACUCCAAAUUCACAUUCUUGCCAAAGGAAUCAUGCAUGGCCUAAUGGUUUUAGAAUAGUGGGGGUGCGGUUAAUUGGAACCGACGAUAGUGAAAGUAACUAAAAAUUAAUUAACUUUGCUCUGUUAUUUUCCAUUAGAAACGAAAAAAGUGGCUAAACAAAUAAAGUUUCCACGAUGCGUGUUGAAAUAUAUCUGAAGUAAGGCGGCUACAAAUGAAUGAGAAGUCAGUAGCACAUUCACUGAGAUUGCCUCUACAUAAUUAGUGAAUUGCUAGUUCUGACUCCUUCCUAACUGUUUGCACAAUUUCCAAAUAAAUAUGCUAUCACUGAGUGGAAUCAGAUCACGCGAUAUCUAAUUAAUCUGACUUAUGAUACCAAGAGCUAUUCUACCAUAAACAGUUUUUUGGUCUGUUUCAUUAUCGUGAGCCUUGCCUGAGAAAACCUCUGUUUACUUCUUGAAAGCGCUGAAGGGGAAACAUCCGUCUCGCUUCACAAAACAUACCAGUUGAAAAUGCCCGGUACACCAAAUUAUUUCUCUCCGUUUACUUGUCUUCGAUGUUUGGUCUGGAAUUUGCUGAAAUUCUUUUUUUUAGUUUAAGUUAACUGGCGUGUCAGCGUGUUUACAGCCUUUUAUUUUGUCGAUGACGAUCGAUAUUAUAAGUAAACAGAAUCAACUGUCCAUGAACUCUUAUUAAAAAUGAUAGUCAUCGGCGCCCCUGAAUCGACUUCUACCUUUUAUUUUACUUUUCAUUCCUCAAUAUUUCCUUUGUUGUUUUCGUCAAACACUCUAUCCCCGUUAACCUGUAGGUGUAAGAUUAGUGGCCAGCUAGUUUUGGUGGAGUAAGCCUUCAAUCAGCUAUAAACGAAGUUUCUCGUACUUCUAAUGUUCAGUUCACAAGUAAGAAAUAGCAUUUCAGCUUAGCAAAGAUUCAAAAGGAAUGAUUUCAACAGAUAGGAGGGCUAAGACAAGCACCCACCGAUUUUAGACCUUAUGCAGUGAAUGCCUUAUCUCCAUAUGGUCACACUGAAAUGUCGAGAAAUGACUCUUGUCUAUUGAAUUAUUCAAAAAGAUCUAAAUGCAUAGCUUUAGACAAGAAGCAAACAACCAGAAAGUCUUCAUUUUCAUUAUCAUUACUAUCAGAUCGUGAGUACUCUACUGUGACAAAAACGGUAUUUGAGCUUCACCUGAAACAAUAACGAACGUUCUCAAAAAUACCUUGCUUCAGGCGCUUUAAAUAUUGAUGGUCGACAAUUGCGCGUCUGUUUUCCUUUCAUAGCUCAGUGUGUUUUCCAAAUUAGAGAUGAUAAAAAGAAUGGAUUUUCAAUGCGCACUACGUUUACCCUAUUCUAAUGAUAAAGUUUUAAUUUCCUCUAACAUUCCCUAGGAAUAGUUGGUGACGUUGUUUGUUUGCAGUCUUUGUCAGAAGCAUUUCAGUUGUACAACGGCUCAAUUAUCUUCCCUUCUUAUCCUCAAAUUAAUUGUUUUCAAGCAACUGAUCACGGGUAGGAUUGAUUAAAACUCUUUGUCACAGUCGAACAAAAAGAAAGAAACUCUCAUUUUUUUGAUAUCAGAUUAGUUUGUUCAUUCACCUUGACAGGACCUGACCUUGAAGGAGGAGCAUCUCCAAAUCAGUCUCUAAAGGUAAGUCCACUAAAUUUGAGUACACCCGCUUCGAUUUUUCAUUCCACAGAUUCAAAAGGCAUGUUGCCAUACGAAAUUCAGGCCCGCUUUGUGUGUUUUUAAUUCCUGCCACUUUGCAAUACCGUGACCAUUGCCACGAGCUUACCGAGAGUGGCAAUCACUAGCUUAUGCCUGUAGCUACAAAAUAUCCUCAAGAUAGCAACAGAAAGAACUGUCCAAUUCAUUGCAGAGUUUACAGUGUGAAUAAAAAGUUGAAAAAAGAAUUGAUCAGAGUAAGUAUUCCAUCAAAACAGUGGCAUGCAAGUGCAAUAUUCAAUAUGCGGUUGUGUCAACAAAGUUGAGCUAAACAAUUAAAGGGGCUGUGUCACGGUAGUCCAGUUCAUUUUGUUUAAUUUUGCCAAUCACUCGCCCUCAAUCGCUAUGGAACUUAAAGUAAGCAAAGAAAUUACAGGUAAAUGACAAAAUCAAAGAUCCGAGACAAACAAAUAUGUCUCCUGAGCAUUAUUUUUGAAGUUGCAAGCAGCAGGGAUCAACUUUGAAAAACUGUUGGGCUGAACAGUUUUCAAAAACCCUAAUUUCAAUCCGUUGCAAUCUUCUUCAGUUUUGCCCACCUGUGACAUCUGUUGUUUCUGUUAUGUUAUUUUAACCCUCCUUUAGAGUUUAAGUGGUUAUCUUUAUGUUUCUCUUAAUUAAACGGGCAUUUUGUAAUUUCCUAAUUUGGCUGAAUUUCGUGACACAGCUCCUUUAAUACAGUAGUGCGGCAGGUUAACGAGCAAAAACCAGCUGAUUUCCCGCAGUUAGAUUAGAGCAGAACUUAGUAGUUAUUCACUGACAGUAUAGUGCACUGCACCCCGUUUUUUGCCAAACAAAAUAAUUUAUUUGACUCACAUUCUUGCCAAAGAAAUCUAGCAUGACAUGGUUAUAGAGUCAUUAUAAGUAAUUAACGAAGGAAGGUCAUCAGUUAAUCUGAACUGACUGAGAGCAAUCUAACUGUUCUAUUAUUUUCCAUUCAAAAUAGCAAAAUCUGAUAAAGUUUCCACGAAGGGUAUUGAAAUGCAUCGGUAGUCAAGCUAUUACAAAUGAGAAGUACAUUCUUUAAAUUUGCCUUAGUUAAGUUAAUUUACAUGAAAAAAGGAACUGUCAGUCGUGUCUUCUCCCUGUGUUUGUACACCUCCAAAAACAAUUUUCAAAUAAAUCUGGUGCCACUAAGUGGAAUCAGAUCACAAUGUCCAAUCUCUGUUACCCCUGCAAAGUCUUAUGAUAUCAAGAGCCUUUCUAUAAACACAGCUGUUACUAGGUCUGGCGGUUUGGUUCUCGUGACCCUAGCCUGGAAAAAGCCAACCUUUGUUUGGCUCUUGAAAACGCUGAAGGGGAAACCACCAUCUUGCGCUACAAAACAUUUUUUCCGCCUCCAAAUUAUCUGGUUGUUACUAAAAACAGUUUGAAAGUGUCCCUACACUCAAGUUUUUUUCUCCGAUAAUCAACUACAGUUCAGAAUUUCAUGAAAUCUCCUUUUAAGUUGAUUGACGCGUUAACGUUUUUCUAUUUUCCCAGUUGGAAAUGAUCAAAAGAAUGGAUGCUACAGUUAAAGAGCAACUUUAACUAGGAUUUUUAAUGCACUCCAUCUUUGACCUCAUUCUAAAGAUUCAACUAUAAUUGUCUUUAUACCCCACUGAGACGAGUGGGUAACGGUGUUUGAAAUAGCGUAUGCGCGUUUCCACAAGGACUUGCGUUCCAGCGACUACAAAUUAAGGGAUCUUGAGAUGUUAAGAAAUCGGAAUUGAGGAUUAAGGAGUUUUGAGGUAGCAUGUCUAACAUCUUGCUAGGGCGUGGAUUGAACUCAAGGCCUCGGGAAUUCAAUUCCAGCACUCGAACCACUCGGCCACGCUGCCCCUAAAAGGUCUUCCCAUGCAGGCAGAUGUUUCCCUUUACAAAUUAAUCAUCAUGGUCGCAGUCAACUAGGUUAGUAACCUAAAUUCCGGAUCACUAGCAAUGACGUUUCUAAAGCAUUUUACUACAUAUUUCGUCGCCCCUUCUUUCUUCCCCGAGAUCUCCAAGGAUGCCAUGGUACUCACUUCGUUGAAGUAGAUGUUUUAAUUAGCAAAUUCCCAUUUCAUCUUUAUUUCCUCUUCCGGCAAUUCACAUUAAGUCCUCUCCUCUUUUUUUUUCGACCAAUUCCGUAGCCAUGGCCGGUCAGAAGACCUUGCAAUUGUUCAUUCUUUUUAUGGUCCUGAUCCUUUUGAUGGAAGAAGCAAAGCUUAUCGAUGCUCGGCGUGUUAGAAGCAGGAAGAGAAGGUCCAAUUACAAGCCCAAAAAGCCGUCGAUAACAGAACUGGCAAAGAAAGUGCAAGAACUGGAGGACAGACUUGCUGAAAUCGAGGAGUGUAAACGUAAGAGUGAUAUCCUACACUAGAACACCCGACGCCUUAGUCUAAAUUAUUAGUUAUACUGAACAACUGCUUUUGAUGAAGAGGACAUCCAUUUUCUCAUGCAUCUAAAAAAUAACCAACCCCUAUUCAGUGUCAAGCUAAGAGUACGGGGAAUUUUUUUUUUUUUUCAUUUAAGACCAUUUUUUUAAUCAUCCAUUGUCAAAAGGAAUAUAAAUCAAGCAGGGCGCUCGGAUGAUACACAAUGCGGAGAACUCUUAAAUCUUCUUAAAAUUGUCGAGGGUUGCUCUUUGUUGACUGGUUGUGAAACAUGACUUACCCAUUGCACUAAAUUUCAUGCACUUUCAUUUGAGUUGUUGAUGCUUUCUGGAAUUGUCCAGUCAUUAUUUAGACAAGGAGAUUUCUGUUUGUCUUUCAUUGGCAGCUUGUGAAAACGAAGAACCACAACAAUCGCCGAAAGCGUUUCUUUUCCCUGAUAAAAAGAAGACUGACUAUAUUGACGCUGGCACAUUGGAUAAGGACCUUAAUGCUUUGACCGUUUCUCUCUGGAUAAAAACCGAUGACACGAGCAAAGUGGGUUACAUCAGUUAUGCAAACAAGGAUCACCAGAACGCGUUCGUUCUGUAUAACCCAAAUAAUAAACUGGCCUUGAUCUCGGGAUACUAUCAUUCAGGGUAAUAGCUUCUUUCUUCUCUGUCAAGAGAAUCAUAUUCACUUCUUUUGCGGAAGUGAUGUAAUUUUUGAAUGGGCGGGAUUUGACGGCACGGUUUUGCGGGCGUCCAUUUAGUAGAACUGUUCCCUAAAUACAAGUUUGUUUUCCUUAGAUGAUAAAAUAUUGCAAGAAACGUUUAAAAUACGCUGAGCUACUCGUCUUCUUAAUAAAGGGUGUCCGCAUAAUAUAGGGUCCGUUUUAAAUACAGGUUUCACUGUAACUGAUAUUUGGGUAAGGAUUCAGAGUUGAAGAAAUCCAACGGGAUGACAAGAUUGAAGAACCCUAUCGGGUACCUUGGAUUAGAUGAUAAUGUUAUUAUCAUCAUCAUCCUUAUCAUCAACAUUAUCAUCAUCAUAAUCAUUUUUAUUAUUAUUAUUAUUACCAUUACAGCGAUACAGGUGUGACCAUUACAGAUGGAAUUUGGCAUCAUGUUUGCGUCACACUGGGAAAUGAUGCGUUCGAGUUGUAUUUUAAUGGCGAUUUGAAGGCUUCAACGACAGCAGACGGUCAGUACAUGUAUGUUCGUUUAAUUCACGAUUCCGAGGAAAUUAGCAACUAUCGCUGUUAGUACUUGUAAAACGAGUUUUUUGUUUUAGAUAAUUAUUUAUACUUUCUUGUCCAAGGUUUUUUUGUUUUAAAACUAGCUUACACAGCCAGCUCUGCGUUCCUUUUCCCCCCCUGUCAAAUAUUGCUUUGGAAAAUGGAAAACGACCUUAGUUUAAAAAAAAAGAAAAAUACGUGGAAUGGAUAGCGUAGGAGGGAAAGCAUUAAGUAAUUGUGUUAAAGGUUUAUUUAUUGCCACAAUCGCCUUAUGCACGAGUUCCUCUGCCAUUUCAAUCAGUGAUUUCAGAUUGCAAAUUUGAACAAUGAAAGUCUUUUCAAAACAAAUCCAUUUAUAGCUGCACUUUUCAAUAAACUGUGAUAAUUGUGCGGUGCUAGACGUAUUUUAAACUGCGUGCAUAGCAGUUCCACCAUAAUACAUGAUUAUUUAACAAUUAUUUAACACAUGUAAGCUGUUUUGUGUUCCACAGCGUUUAAUAACUACUGAAGUUACAGUCAUUUUUCAGCAAUGCAUUAUGACGAAGACAAGUUAUCAAGAAAGUAAUUAAUACACUCUAAUAAGCGCCUUCCUCUUAUGUACACCUCUCUCUAAAAGUCCCCAGCCUAGCAAAACUGAAGAAAUGGAAUAAGCUACCCAUGGGACUAAAUGGAGGAAGGAGGGUAUAUCAUUUUUGUUACUUUAUUUUACAAUGAUAACCCUCUGUGUUCAAGUAAGGCCUCCCUCUUGACGGCAAGUGAAUGGUCUCUUUUUUCAAUUCCUUUUGCGUUUUAGGAAUUUUCAUCAGAAAAGGUGGAAAGCUGAUUUUUGGGCAAGACCAGGAUUGUGUAGGGGGUUGUUUCGAUCAAGUUCAGAGUUUUCAGGGUGAAAUGACGGGAAUCAAUAUCUGGGACCACGUGAUUACAAAAGAAGAAAUAUCUGCGUUGGCCGAGUCCUGCACCGUUGGGAAGGGGAACUUGCUAAACAUGGAUGGCCUGGGUCAAGAUCAAGCUAAAGGAGGAGUGAAGCUUAUUGACUCCACCUGCAAAAAGCCACAAAAAGUUCUUAUCAACGGGGAAUACGCCUAUAUUUAAAGCAGUGGAAUGCAAAUUCAAAGAAAUCUGUUUUAGCCCUCAACUAAAAAUUAGGAUGUUUAGUUAAGGUAAAAAAAAACACUGCAAAACCGUGUACGAACAAUCUUGCUCAACGUCAUAUUAGUAAGUUCAAGUGUGAGGCUAAUUCCCCUCCUUAACACGUUAAACCUUAAUAUUCUUGCACUUUUGUCUAAGCCAUUUUCUCUCCCUUUUUUUAAUACAAAUCAACUGCAGCAAUUUCUUUUCGCAAAGUUGCCUAAAUGUUCAACUUGAGAAAAUUUUCUUUAAAUAGGAAGCUUGAGUUCUUUUUUUAGCCUCAGAAAACAGCCUACAUUUUGCGAAGCCCCCAUCGGUUUCCAGCAAAAUGACGUAAGAAAUCUCCUUCUGAUGAAGUGUCACAUGACCCAGAUCUGGGUAAUGCUUCUGAUUGGCAGAAAUUACCAAGAUCAGUUUAGAUUUUUUUUGCGCUCGUUCGGAAUACGUCAUUUCUUGGAGAAACUAGUGAUGGCGUCACUAAAUGUCGGCUGCACUGUUCUCCCAUACUAGGUCUUUUUUGCAUUAAGCGAAGACAAAUAAUGUCAUUUAGAGUGAAAAAAGAUCAAAAGAAGUGAUGAUUUGUUGAUAAUUCCAUUUGGUGUGUAAUUAAUGUUCUAAUGAAGGAUUGCGCUAAACAUUUUUGACGUUUUAAAUAAAUCAUUGAAAGUGAAUGAUAUAGCAGAUAAUUGUGCAAAAACCAGCAUGUAAUUUUUACUAUCAAAAUCACUGUGUAAUCAAACUUAAAAGUCAUGAGAAUAAAGGGAAUGAUAUUAGUUAUCUUAACACAGUAAAAAACACGGAUAAGAAAUGACGUUUCG